CAGCUUUACCCGGAGACAGAGAGGGAUCCGGGGGAGAGACAGCCGGGAACACACCGAGAGAGACUGCCCGGUGAGAGACAUCCGGGAGCAAAGACAGAGACAGCCAGGUCAGAUGUCCCCAGAUGGAGCCAGAGGCUGAGAGUCACAGAGCAACCGGCUUCCAGUUUAGAAGUUAUAAGCUGCUGUUGGAUCCCGCACUCCGCAGGGCUGCACAGAAGAUCUAUCGCUAUGAUGGCGUCCACUUCAAUAUUGCUGAUGGAGCAUUCCUCCCAGUUGGUGACGUACGGGACCCCCGGCAGCAUCGUAUGUGGAGCAAGCCAAGAGAUGUGUCACUUCCUGUACCCAAAUUUAAGUUUGAUGAGUACUACGUGGGACAGCUCCCCCAAAAGGAAAUCACAUUCGCUCACCUGAACGACAAUGUGCGAGAGCCCUUCCUUGCAGACAUGUGUCGUAAAUUUGGGCAGGUGGAGGAGGUGGAGAUUCUGUUACACCCUAAGAACCGCAAACAUCUGGGCUUAGCCAAAGUUCUGUUUACUAGCUCUAGGGCAGCCAGGGAAACAGUUGCUCAACUCAACAACACUUCUGUCAUGGGCAACAUAAUUCACGCAGAGCUUGACCUGCGAGGUCAGCAGAGACAGAAGUAUUACGAUUUAAUCAUAAGCGGCUCUUAUAACCCCCAGACUGUCCCCACUGGCGGGAGGUGGGGACAGGAGCGAUUGAAGCCCGAGACGGUUGACUCUCGACGACGCCUCUCAAGUGAAUCUUCAUCUUUACUCCCUGGGAAUGGGACCCCAUCCUCUCAGGACCCAGGCUCCUCUUACAGUCAGUACACACCGUCCCUUUCCUCCUCACAAGGCACCCCAUACACUCCUAGAGGCGGAACGCCCUUCUCUCAGGACUCUGCCUACUCAAGCAGACAGGGAACUCCCAGCCAUUCAGGCUCCCAGGAGGCCUCCAGUUACAAGUCUCGGCGUCAGGAGAAUAGCUCUGGAGAUUCUUACACACAUCGCUCUGGGCACCACUACUCCCCAGCUUCAUCUUCUUCCUCUUCCUCUUCCUCGCGCCACGAGAGUAGCCACAGACGUUACCAUAGACAUCAGCACCGCUCCUCUCCCCCCUCCUACAGAUCAUCUCGCCACCGCAAACCGUCUGCACCCCCUGAAGAGCCUCAAGUACAACGUUUUCCUGGGACCCCACCUCUCCCUCCUGCUGCUCCUCCACCACCACCUCCUGACGAUAUCCAAACUGACCGGGAUUACAGAGUAACGCACCCCCCUCUUCCUCCAUCAGUUCCUGUCCCCUCUUCCAGUCUGCUGCACCCACCUCCUCCUCCUUCAGAUGGUUGGGAGCCGCCUCCGCCGCCACCUCCUCCAUUGCCAGCCUCUUCACCACCCCCUUCGCCAGCCCGCUCCUGCUCCCCGCUUCCAGAUGGCAUGUCUGAAAGUCUUCCGUUUACACAGCACAGCAGCAGUUUGGACUCUCGUAUCGAAGCUCUGCUUAAGGAGCAACGCUCUAAGUUCUCCUUCCUGCCCUCUGACACAGAAGAGGAAGAUGAAGGGACCACAGAGGGGGGUGGCCAGGAGACAGUGACUGUGGAAGAGGCUCCUCCCCCUGCACAUGCCCCAUAUACACCUCCCCCACCGGUCAUUUUUGAGGAUGUGUCAGCGGAGUCGAUCCUAAGGACAGCAAAUGGGCAGGAGCGGGUGAGAUACAAGGUCUCAUUAUUCCAGAUGUCAACAGGUGAGGACAUGGAGAUAUCAGAUGAUGAAUCUGCAGCUAUGGAAAUGCAUGGGGCCCAUGUACCUCCUUACCAGCUGCUUUCUCAUAUGCCUGGAACCAUGGGUGGCUUUCCCGCUCAGCCCCUUCCAUCACCUCUGCUUCCUCUUCCUCCUCAUCAUCAUCAUCACCAGCCCACCACCUACCAGAUGCUUUCUUCCACUGCACCUCAAGCCAGACUGGGGGAACUUGGCAAUCGACCUCCCACUCCUCCACUGGACCCAUCCGCCUCUUCCUCCUCAGCAGCCCCCCAUAUCUAUGACUUUGUGAACUCAAUGGAACUGGUUAACCGGCUUGGCAACCAAUGGGGAGGAACUUCCAUGUCCUUUCAGAUGCAGACACAAAUGCUGAGCCGGUUGCAACAGAACAGACAGGGAAAAGGCCAGCCUUAUGAAGACCCAUAUCCCCGCCCUCUCCUCCCUCAUCCCUUGCCUCCCAGGAAUCGCCAGACUCAUCCUCAUCAUCCUCCUCCUCCUCUUAUGUCUGAGCAGGCCUAUGGUGCAGGCUUUCCACUGUAUCCUCCCCAGCAACCACAACCGCUGUUGCCCCCACGUGAAUAUGCCACAAGAGGGGGCCGAGGAGGAGGUCAAGAGCCUCGGUCCCCAUGCUGGCCCCUCGGAACUGGAGUAGAUCCCCAUGCCUCAACAGUAGCUUGUGUGCUUUCUGCCCUUAUCCAAGAGAUGAAGAGCACUAUGCAAAGAGACCUUAAUCGGAAGAUGGUGGAAAAUGUAGCAUUCCGAGCUUUUGAUGAGUGGUGGGAGUGCAAGGAGGAAAAAGCCAAGCCUUUCCAGAAUGUAUCCAAACCACCCCCCAAAGAGGAGGACAAGGAGAAGGCCCGUCCCAAGGAUCCUGGGCUGCUCUCAUUGGUGGACUGGGCCAAGAGCGGCGGUAUAGAGGGCUUUGGCUUUGGAGCAGGACUUAGAGGGGCUAUGAGACUUCCCUCCUUUAAGGUCAAAAGGAAACAGCAUUCAGAUAGUGAAGAUGGGGAGCAGAAGCGGCCAAGACCGUCCACACCACCUGAGGAGGAGGACGAGAGAGAGAAAGAAGCACAGUCGGAUGCUCGGCCUGGAGCUAAAGCUACACAGAGGGAGGGUAAAAGGGGACCACACAAGCGUAGGCGACCUUUCCAUCUGGACAGUGAGGGUGAAGAAGCCUCCGAGGAUUCGGCAUCGGAAAAGGAAGAGGAAGAUGAUGACAUCAGUGAGGACGGAGACUCUGACGAUGAGGAGUCUCCGCUCACCAAGCUUUCCUCCAAGAUCAUUUCUGAUGACGACAGUGACAGCUCUAGCGAGUCUGACAGCAGCAGCUCCUCCUCCUCCUCUUCCUCAUCUUCUUCCUCAUCCUCUUCUCAUUCCUCCCCGGCUUCCUCUGACGAUGAAGAGGAGGAGGAGGAGGAAGAUCAAGAGGAGUCGCAAGAAACACCUGUUAUUUCUGAACCUCCUCGGCCGCCCAGUCCUCCUCCACUACCUCCUGAACCAGUUGCGGAAGAAGAGCAAACACACGAUAAGCCAUUUGAAUCUUCAGUGAAGGAGGAACCGUGCACUGAGGUACCAGAACCUCAUCCUUCUGCUCCACCUUCCAAACCAUGCCAGCCUCCAUCCCCACCACUACAGCUCCUACCUCCUCCGAAGAAGAGACGUAAAACAGUGACAUUUCAACUUAAUGAUGAAGAGCCUGAUGUCACAGAAAGCAAACCUCAUAAUCAUGAAUCCCCAGAGAAAUCUGUACCUGAAAUACCACCAAGUCCAUCUCCCGAGCGUAAGCCAGAACCCCCUCCACAUGUUGAAGAGCCUUCUCCUCCAUCUCCUCCUCCAUCGUCUCCUCCAUCUCCUACUCCAUCUCCUCCUCCAUCUCCUCCUCAUUCUCCCCCGCCAUCUUCACCACCUCCUUCUGUCAAGGAUAUACCCACUCUUACCCCUGAGCCUGUUAGCAGCCCGAAAAGUGAGCCUGAGGUUCUUCCGCCACCUGCCAAAGAACCUUCACCUCAGAAGAGGUAUCCAGAGCAGCUCACAGUAUUAAACCUUCCUUGGGACCAUGCAUCACUUGUAAAAUCAUAUCCACCUAGAACAGACAAUAUAGAGAGAGUGGCGCAAAAUGAAGAAGAAGAUUUGGAUGAGGAAUACGAAGAAGAGGUCAAACCAACACCACUCACACUAUCACCACUUGAACAGCCAGUACCCAAGGCUACUAUUACACCAGAGCCUUUUGAACCAGAAAGGACAGACUCUACAGAAGAGGCUUUGUAUGCACCUAUAAGGCAGAUUCUACUGGAACACAGCUACGCUUCAAUCCCUGCUAAUCUUAAAUUGACCCCCAAAAAAACACGGGGUGCAUCCAUUGAGUUGGAGAAGCCCAAUGAGAUGUUACAUGUUGACCUUGGGCAACCAGUGUUGGAAGCACCAGAAGAAGUUGUGUGUAUAGGGGGCAGCAUGGGCUCAAGGAUAGAAAGCCAGAUAGGGCUGCUGGAAGUGGGUGAUAUGCAUCGAACGACUCUCAGGAAAAUAGAGGAGGCUGCUCUUAAAUCUAUCCAUGACGAACUUAGAGGCAAGAGUCUGAGGCAGCAGCUGGUGAAGGUGGAAGAAACUGGGGAUGUUACUUCAGAGGAUGACGAUGAGGAGGAGGAGGAGGAAGAAGAGGAGGAAUUAUGGGUGAGCACACGAGAACUGAGGUCCCAUAGAGCUCGCCGAAAUCUCCUUCCUUCUUCUCUUCCACGAUAUGAGAUUCGAAGUGAGUUUGAGCAGAUGACCAUCCUCUACGAUAUCUGGAACACAGGGCUGGAUUUUGAGGAUAUGAUUUUCCUGAGGGAGACCUACGAGAAGCUUUUACAGGAAGAUCACAGCACGGACUGGCUAAAUGACACCCACUGGGUGCACCAUACCAUCACCAACAUUGCUAACCCGAAGCGACGACGAAGUAAACAGGAUGGGUUACGGGAGCACCAGACGGGCUGUGCCAGGAGUGAAGGAUACUAUUCUAUCAGCAAAAAGGACAAAGACAAGUAUCUGAACGUGUAUCCUGUGUCUGUACAAGAGCUGGACGCUGACACGCAGGGUACAAACCGGAUACUUUCUGAGCGUCGAUCAGAACAGAGACGUCUCCUCAGUGCAAUUGGCUCGUCUUCUCUGCUGGAUAGUGACUUGCUGAAGCUUAACCAGUUGAAGUUCCGCAAGAAGAAGCUUCGAUUUGGCCGCAGCCGUAUUCAUGAGUGGGGUCUCUUUGCCAUGGAGCCGAUUGCUGCUGACGAGAUGGUAAUAGAAUAUGUGGGGCAGAAUAUUCGCCAGGUGGUGGCUGACAUGCGAGAGAAAAGAUACGCCCAGGAGGGAAUUGGCAGCAGCUAUCUGUUCCGUGUUGACCAGGACACUAUAAUAGAUGCCACCAAAAUUGGAAACCUUGCACGGUUUAUAAAUCACUGCUGCACGCCCAACUGCUACGCCAAAGUGAUCACCAUUGAGUCGCAAAAGAAAAUUGUCAUUUAUUCCAAGCAGCCCAUUGGAGUGAAUGAGGAGAUAACCUACGACUACAAGUUCCCCAUCGAAGAGAACAAGAUCCCCUGUUUGUGUGGGACGGAGAACUGUAGGGGGACAUUAAAUUAACAUCUCCUUUAGGACCCUCUCUUUCUCUCCUAGUGCCUGGUACAGGGUCUGCGUUUUGGUCUCUGCAAUUGGCUUUUUUUAUUGCAGCCAAAGAACGGAGGACGACGCGUUUCUGUCCUCUACGGAGGAGAAAAAAAAGGCUUAUUUUAUAGGAGGGAAAGUGGCAUUUCUCGUGCCCAGUGAGGUGUAGUAUCUACAGGGGUGUCAAGAACAUUGUUUUUAUCUUUCGUUUUGGUCCCCAAACAAACACGGCUUUUCGUGUUUAUGGCACUUUAAAUAUGGCAGCAAGUUGUCAAACCUGCCCGUUCAUCAUCCCCAACAGCUUCAGGAGUCUUCAAAUGCAAUGCUACCCAUCAACUCCAUUCCCAGAGGGCAAAUAAACAUUUGUGUGUGUGUUUUUUUUAUCAUUUUAAAGCCAUUCCACCUUGGCUCCUUUUAUAUUAUGUAUUUUAAAUCUCUCUGUUCUUUUAUUCCUUUAUGGGAGUUUAUUUAUUUAUAUAGGGCAGUGGCCAAGAGAAAGGGGAUCCUGUUUUAUCUAAUUCUGUGCCCCUGGAAGCCUCCUCAUUUCCUUCACUGAAGAUUUGAAAGAAAAAGAGGCCAUCUGUUCCAUUUACUUACAUUAUUUCCUCUGUUCAUCACAGCUCUUCUUAUUUUUGUUGUCUGCUUUCCAUGAAAUGAGUGGAGCUGCCAUUUCUGUUUUAGCUAAUUAGGAUGUACAGGAGUUUUCACACACAGCAAUACGUACCGGUUCCCUAAGCCGCUCUCCCUCUGAUAUGGCUUCCUGUUUUGUUACCUGUAUAUAGUGCGCACCCAGCGCUUUGUUAAUAUGUAUAUAAUGAUGGCUGUGGACGCAAGGAUCCUUGAGUCAUCCCUUGUUGAUGUAUAGAUUGGGGGGAGGGGGUUAGUGAGAAAACUGCCUCAAAUCAGUUAGGCAGCAUGGACUAAGCUAAACCACCUAUUUUUUAUUUCUGGUUCUCCAAAUGGCCACAGUUAAAAUGCCCACAUGAUGCGAUAUCGCAUUUCGUGUUUUUCUAAAAGCCCUAUAACAAUGUAAUGAUACAGAGUACUUCUUUAAAAGGCGUUCGUAGCUCUGACCUUGUUGUGCCAGCCAUGUUUAAUGUGCCCAGCUGUAUCUUUUAAUCUAAGGUAUAUAGCCGUGUGUUACGUUAGUCUGUGCAACUAUACAUUGCAGCAAAUCUGUAAAGGUGCAGUAUUACUUAGUUUCUAAAAGCACUCAGCCCUAUAGCCUCUUUAAAAAAAUUUAAUGCUCUUUUCAAUAUUUGGAUUUUAAAGUUUUAUUUAUUUGAAUAUUUUUGUAAUGUUGAAGAUUUUACCAUUUUUGCAGGUAAAACCGCACUUAUCCCUAUAGGUUACACCUGUCUGAGUGUCUCGAUUAAAGGGAAGGAAUAACAUAGAGAUUGCCUCAAGCUGAGAUCAGGGAAAUCUGAAGCACAUAAUUAACAUUUUCUUUUGUUCCAGGCAAAUAAUAUGCAAAUAUGUGCUCUACAUACAUAUAUAAUUAGUACAUCAAAACUUUAUAAAUUUAUAUUGUGUUUGCUUGUGUGUGUAUAUAUAUAUAUAUAUAUAUAUAUAUAUAUGUGUGUGUGUAUAUAUAUAUAUAUAUAUAUGUGUGUAUAUAUAUAUAUAUAUAUAUAUAUAUGUGUGUGUAUAUAUAUAUAUAUAUAUAUAUAUAUAUAUAUAUAUAUAUAUAUACAUAUACACCCCCACCCACCCAUAAAUUCAUUAUAUGCACACAUUUAUACUUAGCUGGAAAUGCAGCUAUAGAUUAGCAGUCACAUAAAAGGGCAAUAAUCUACCAAAAAUUAGAGAGAGGAAAAUAAGCAUAAUUUCAUACUCGUCAGAAUUUUAUUUUAUAAAUCUUCGCCAAAAUGUUUAGCCCCUUUUAUGCACGUGUGCGCAGUAAUGUGUGUAUUUUACACAUAUACACACUAGCGUGUGGGGCAAGGAGAUUUAGAGAGAUGUCUCAUAGAAGGUUGGCUGAACUCUAGAUAGUAAGAAAGACUGCAGACCCUCUAGUGACGCGUUCCUCUUAUAGAUCUGCAAAGCCUGCAGUAGCCAGUUUGAAAUUUCAGAUCCUCUAGUUUUCUGUUCUGCAUGUGAGACUGCAGGGUCCAUAGUGGUCACCUGUCUAAGCCUUGGAUUGUAACAGCUGUGGCUGUCUCUCAGUAAAUCUCUUACUGGAUGUCCAGUAAUUUUAAGCUUGGGAUAUUUGUAGGUAAUAUGGAAAUACUGUUGAAAUACAGGUUGUGAUAUUCCUCAAUCUAUACUGAUAAACAUAAGUACCCAAUGUCCCUUUCAGUUCCACCAGUUUGUUUAUUACUGUAGCCAGUAUUAUUAUUUAUUUUAUUCAAUAAAAAUGUGAAUCUCAUCAACAGCCAGAUCAAUCAGUUGCGCGUGCUGGAUUUCAGAGCUUUUUGUCUUGGGCAGAUUCACAUGCUAGACUGAACACCUAUUGGUGAGUUGCAUAGACAAGAUGGCCGUGUCUGCUAGCAUUAACUUUAUAGAGAGGACUGAGCCGCUAGUAGUGAGUUGCAUAAACAAGGUGGCCGUAUCUGUUAGCAGUCACUUUAUAGAUUCAACUGAGCAGCUAGUAGUGAGUUGCAUAAACAAGAUGGCCGUGUCUGCUAGCAUUAACUUUAUAGAGAGGACUGAGCCGCUAGUAGUGAGUUGCAUAAACAAGGUGGCCGUAUCUGUUAGCAGUCACUUUAUAGAUUCAACUGAGCAACUAGUAGUGAGUUGCAUAAACAAGGUGGCCGUAUCUGUUAGCAGUCACUUUAUAGAUUCAACUGAGCAACUAGUAGUGAGUUGCAUAAACAAGAUGGCCGUAUCUGUUAGCAGUCACUUUAUAGAUUCAACUGAGCAACUAGUAGUGAGUUGCAUAGACAAGGUGGCCGUAUCUGUUAGCAGUCACUUUAUAGAUUUAACUGAGCAGCUAGUAGUAAGUUGCAUAAACAAGAUGGCCGUAUCUGUUAGCAGUCACUUUAUAGAUUCAACUGAGCAACUAGUAGUGAGUUGCAUAAACAAGAUGGCCGUAUCUGUUAGCAGUCACUUUAUAGAUUCAACUGAGCCGCUAGUAGUGAGUUGCAUAAACAAGAUGGCCGUAUCUGUUAGCAGUCACUUUAUAGAUUCAACUGAGCAACUAGUAGUGAGUUGCAUAAACAAGAUGGCCGUAUCUGUUAGCAGUCACUUUAUAGAUUCAACUGAGCAACUAGUAGUGAGUUGCAUAGACAAGGUGGCCGUAUCUGUUAGCAGUCACUUUAUAGAUUCAACUGAGCAGCUAGUAGUGAGUUGCAUAGACAAGGUGGCCGUAUCUGUUAGCAGUCACUUUAUAGAUUCAACUGAGCAGCUAGUAGUGAGUUGCAUAGACAAGGUGGCCGUAUCUGUUAGCAGUCACUUUAUAGAUUCAACUGAGCAGCUAGUAGUGAGUUGCAUAGACAAGGUGGCCGUAUCUGUUAGCAGUCACUUUAUAGAUUUAACUGAGCAGCUAGUAGUGAGUUGCAUAAACAAGGUGGCCGUAUCUGUUAGCAGUCACUUUAUAGAUUCAACUGAGCAACUAGUAGUGAGUUGCAUAAACAAGAUGGCUGUAUCUGUUAGCAGUCACUUUAUAGAUUCAACUGAGCAACUAGUAGUGAGUUGCAUAAACAAGAUGGCCGUAUCUGUUAGCAGUCACUUUAUAGAUUCAACUGAGCAGCUAGUAGUGAGUUGCAUAAACAAGAUGGCCGUAUCUGUUUGCGGCCACGUUACACAGAGGGCUGAGCACUUUUGCGACUAUACACACCUUCAGGAUUGCUGAUGUCUCAUAAAUUUGUUAGUUUUAAACAGUUAAAGAUAGAAUAAAAUAAGUUUUCACAGUAUUACUAAUUAUGAAACAACCAGCAAACUCUAAUUUUGAGGCUAAUAGAAAGUUUUGUGGUUAGUAAUUUUAUUAGCACUUCCUACACUACAUCAGAUUAUGAACUAUGCAUACUACAGGGUUGCACUGAAAGUAAAUGAUGGUUAUGUGCAGCCCUGCAGUAUGUGUUGAUAAUAUAAUACCGCCAUUUUUAUUGCUGACACAACAAACCACACAGAGCAACAUAAAGGAUUGUGGUUAAGCCAUUCCUGCCCGUGGAACUGUCAACUGCAUCUCCUCUUCCUGCCUCUCGUUAUACCCCUUUAUAUCUUGCUGUACAUCACAUUAUCAGUGGUUCUGCACCUUUAAUGAUCUUAAAUAUAUUAUUUUUAUAGACAUUUUCAGAAGAAGAGGUAAUCAAACUCUUCAUGAAUAAGGUUGGGCACAUUCGUCUGGUUUUCCAGGCGGGAGAUGGGGGGGAGAGUCUCGGUGGAACCAGGUCUAAAAGAUGUUCUAGUGGGAUCCGGGCCUGGGAAAGUUGUAUAUUCUGUAUAUUGACCGCUUUGUUUCUUGUAGAAACAUGAGUUUAUUAUGUAUACUAAA